CGCCCUGGUCAUGGCCUCGGGCCGACCACGCCUCCUCCCCUCUCCCCCCCUUGGUUGUUGCAUGUCCCGGCUUGCUGGUCCCCAUCCCUGCCCCAGCUUCCCUCCGCCUUCCACGCGCCCACACGUGCACCCACACAUACACCCACUCCCACCUCUCCCCGUUCCUGUCCUCGCCCUCGCCCUCGCCCUCGCCCUCGUCUUCCCCAAGAGACAGGAGAAGAGAGAGCAUACGCGCGAUGCUGCCUUACGAUCCGAAAUCGGCCGGGACUGACACCUCUGCCUCGUCGGGCUCCUCCAUGUCGGCUGCAUCGACUUUGCACCGAAUGCCGGGCAGCGGGCACUUCCCCAACACUCCGGGCCCCGGGACAGUGUCAGCUGCCGGGAUGACCACCCCCGGCCUCGGGGCUUCCUUCGGGAUCCCGCUGUCCAGCGGUCCUGGCUCGGGGUUCCCCUCGGCGACCGGCACUCCGGCCUCGCUGGGGUCCGGUUUCGCUCCCUCGCCCGCGACCGGGCACUUUCACCCCGGGCAAACGCCGAUGGGCGGCCCGGCCCAGCCUGGGGCCUUCACUCCAGGCCCCGCUGGGGCUUCGCCCUUCCAUGGGCUGCCGCUGGGUGGUGGUAGUAUUGGUGGUGGUGGUGGCGGCGGCGGCGGCGGCAGCGGUGGCGGGCACGACUCGCAUGGGCACAGCCACGGCGGCCACGGCCACAGCCAUGGCGGCCACGGCCACAGCCACGGCGGCCACGGGCACCACGACAUGCAUUCGCCGCCCGGACACUACCCCGAGGCUGGGGCCCUCUUCGGGAGCGCUCCGCCGCCUCGAGGCAAGACCGUGAAUGUCCUGUACCCGGAGUCCUCCCGGGGGUUGGCCCAGAGGGCCAUGUACCAAGCGCGAGUCUUCCUGCGGUCCAUCCUCUCGGAUCGCCGCACGCGCAACGUUUUCUUCUUCCUCCUGCUGAACCUGUCUUUCAUGGUGGUGGAAAUCCUGUACGGCAUUUGGUCCAACAGCCUGGGCCUCAUUGGAGAUGGCUUGCACAUGCUCUUCGACUCGUCGGCCCUCAUUGGCAGUCUGAUUGCCAGUGUCAUUGCCAAGUGGCCGGUCAAUGACCGCCUGACCUAUGGAUAUGGCCGUGUGGAGACCCUGUGCGGCUUCGUCAAUGCCCUGCUGCUGACCUAUGCCUCGGGAAAUAUCCUCUUUGAGGCCAUCGGCCGGCUCAUCUCCCCGGAGGUGGUGGAUACGGAGCGUCUGCUGACUGUGGCCGUUCUCGGGCUCAUUGUCAACCUGGUGGGCAUCUUUGCCUUCGAGCAUGGUGGCCAUGGACACUCGCAUGGUGGUGGUGGCGGUGGCCACGGGCACUCGCACGGCGGCCAUGGGCACUCGCACGGCGGCCACGAUGACCCCCACUCCAACCCCCUGCUCCAGGGCAUGUUCCUGCACAUCUUGGCAGACACCCUCGGCUCGGUCGGUGUCAUCGCCUCGGCCAUCCUCAUCAAGCUUUUCGACUGGCAGAUGGCCGAUCCGAUCUGCUCGAUCUUCAUUUCGGUGAUGAUUUUCGUCACGGUGGUUCCACUGCUGAAGUCCUCGGCCGCGGUGCUGAUGCAGUCCACACCCGAGCUCCCUGGCGGUGCCACCAGCAAGACCGUGGCCGCGGCCCUGCGUGCCAUCCCCGGGGUUGACAGUGUCGAGAGCCUGCACAUCUGGGAACUCGCAUCGCAUGUGACCGUGGCCACGACCUCCCUGCGCCUGACUGGUGGGGAGAGUUCGGAGCGCGUGCGCCUCGAUGCGGUGGAGGUCCUCCGUCGGCAGGCCGGCGCCAAGAAGACCACCGUAGAGCUGGUUACUGGCGGCGGGCUGGUGGCCGGGACGGAGCACGGCAGCCACUCGCACUCGCACUCGCACUCGCACCAGGUUGACCCGCAUCAGGCCGGCACUCGGGGCUCCGCGCCGGCCUAUAACUUUGUGGCCCUGCCCAUGUCAUCGCACCAGUAGGGGGUGGUGUUUGCCCCUCGAUUUUCGAUCGCUCCCCCCUCCAGGAGACAGCCUUUCGGAGGAAGCCCCUUUGAAUAUGCACGCUACACUAUA